AUGCGAUCGUGCAGUUCAUUGGAGAAGACUCCACGAGGAGCAUUCGCCGAAUUGCAGUACAAUAACAAGUAUCUUUGUGUACAAUACACAGAUGAUUACCCGUACACGACAGCAUUUGAAGAGAAUGUUGCCUUGGAGAACGAACGUGGAAGCAAUGCCAGAAAAACAGUUAUCAAUAGAAGAAUAUCCCUUCUUAACAGAAAAGUCCGCAGACUAAUAAGAUUAUUAAAUAUAGACGAAUGUGCAAGUAAUCCUUGUCGGAAUGGUGCUAAUUGUAAAGACAUUUACAAUGGAGUAUUAUGUUUUUGUACUGACGGCUGGGAGGGCUUAUACUGUGAAAAUGACAUUAAUGAAUGUCAACGUUUCACUCAUACAGACUUAGGGUGCCAGAAUGGAGCUACAUGUGUGAAUACUCCUGGGAGUUAUGAGUGCAAAUGUUUAAACGGGUGGCACGGUAUUCACUGCACUGAAAGGUCGACUGAUUGUAAUUCCGGAUCAUCAGCUGAACUUUGUGGCCACGGUACGUGCAUAAAUGAAAAUAGUGCUGAAGGAUAUAAGUGUAUAUGUGAACAGGGUUGGAAAAGUGAUAAAACAAAUCCAGCUUGUAUAGUGGAUGUUGAUGAAUGUUCGCUGGACAAGCCAUCAUGUUCCAUUAAUCCUCUAGUCGCAUGUAUUAAUACCCCUGGUUCUUAUAUAUGUGGACAUUGUCCUGCAGGGUACACCGGAAAUGGUUUUUAUUGUGCAGAUAUUGAUGAAUGUGCAAUUUUUAAUGGUGGCUGCAGCGUUUCUCCUACUGUACAAUGUAUAAAUACACAGGGAUCAAGAAUAUGUGGUCCAUGCCCUCCUGGCUAUGUUGGAGACGGUUUUUCUUGUAGCUAUCGAGGCAUAUGUCAUGUAAAUAAUGGCGGAUGCCAUUAUUUGGCUCAAUGUAGAGAUAACCCAAGAAUAAGUUCUACGUUUGUAGAGUGUUUUUGUCCUGAAGGCUUUGUAGGAUCAGGAAUUGGACCUAAUGGGUGUACAAAAAGAACUGGUGGAGAUCCAUGUUCAUCAAGUCCAUGUUUAUAUGGAACCUGCGUCUCCCGAGAUGAAAAUACGUAUGAAUGUCAUUGUACAUCUCAGUUUGAAGGGCGAAAUUGUGAUAAAAGAAAGAAUCCCUGUUCUCCCAAUCCAUGUUUAAAUGGGGCUUCUUGCAUACAAGUUUUCAACAUCUCCUUUGUUUGCAACUGUACUGCUUCAUUUACGGGACCCUUAUGUAACCAAGAAAAACAGGCUUGUGGUGGAAGGUUAACUGAUGAAUUUGGAACAUUGGAAUAUCCUCCACCUGGUGCAUCAUUAAGUAAUCAAAGGAGCAACUGCGCGUGGUUAAUUGAAACUAAACAAAAUCUUACCCUAAAUAUAGUUUUUGAUAAAUUUAACGUAUACAAGAGCGUUGAUUGCCAGACAGAUUGGUUGCAGAUACAUGAUGGGGCAAACACAGCCGCUCAUUCCUUGGGUCGUUUCUGUGGGGAUAUCCUUCCAGCAAAUGGAAGAAUUACCACUUCCCACAACAGUGUUUUCAUGUGGUUGAAAUCAGAUCAUUCAAAUAGUAACUUUAGGAUAACAUGGAAUAGUUCUGUACCAGCUUGUACCGACUACAUAACUUUUACUUCUCAUGGAGUUCUACAAUCACCAGGAUCGCCAGGAAAUUAUCCUCUAAAUAGAGAAUGUGAAUGGCACUUGAGUGCUCACCCAGGGAAACGAAUCGAGUUCCAUUUUUUUAAAUUGAAUAUUGGCCAUGAGACAAACUGUACAGGAGAUUAUGUAGAGUUUCUAGAUAGCUCUACAUCUUUAAAACGGCGACUAGCUAAAUACUGUGAAACAUCUCAACCAGAGCCUCUAACAUCUUUUGGUUCAGAUGUGGAAGUUCGUUUUCAUUCAGACGAAGUUGGAUCUCAUUCUGGCUUUCAGAUAUCAUAUACAGCUAUCGAAAGUUUGCCUGGAUGUGGUGGAGUUUUUACAUCGAAUAAAGGUGAAAUGCAAUCUCCAACGAUAGACGGACGAUAUCCGAGCGAUAUUAUUUGUGAAUAUGUCAUAAAAUCUGACAGCGGUUCAAGAAUAAAAUUAACGUUUCUUAAAUUUGAAUUAGAGGAAGCUACUGGCUGUGACUACGAUUACUUAGAGUUACAUGAAGGUGCAAACUCAUUAGCACCAUUGAUAGGCAAAUACUGCGGAAAAGAGUUACCAGCUUCAUAUACAUCCGUAGAAAAUGUCUUGUGUAUUAUUUUUAAAUCAGACUUCAGUUUACAAGAAGGAGGAUUUAUUAUCAAAUACGAAACAGUCUGUGGUGGAAUAUUUGAAGAACAGUCUGGAACUAUUUCUUCUCCAGGAUAUCCAUCAAAUUACCCUGAAGAUAGAAUAUGCGUAUACGAAAUAAUCCAACCUGCUGGUAAAAUAAUUGAACUAGUUUUUCAAGAUGUAGACUUGGAAAGUUCUUUGCAUGUGUGCAGCUUCGAUUACAUAGAGGAAAAAUUUGUUGCUCCUGACNCCUUGGAGAAUAAUGAGUGCCAGUAUGACUGGUUGGAAAUUCGCAAUGGUGGAACAUCUUCAUCUCCUUUGAUUGGAAAAUUUUGUGGUACCACUAUUCCGCGAUUAAUUCCAUCACAUACCAAUCAGCUCUUUUUACGAUUUCGAACAGACGAAGUAACAGAAGAUAAGGGUUUUCGAAUAUUGUGGUCAGCUACUUCUACAGGUUGUGGAGGCUCUUUGUCAUCUCCAGAUGGAGUGAUUAUAUCACCUCAAUACCCUGAAUCCUACAGCAGCAAUUUGGAGUGUUAUUGGCGUAUAUCAACGAACGUUGGUUCUUUCCUCAGAAUAACAAUUACAGAUAUUGAACUGGAACAGUCCGAUUGCAACUCAGAUUAUAUUCAGAUUUACGAUGGCUUGCAAAAUUCAAAGCUUCUAGGAGUGUUUUGCACCAUGAAAAAUGUAGUUCCCAUUCAUUCAACGUCAAAUCAUGUUGGCAUUAAAUUUGUAUCCGACGGGGCCAUAGAAGGACGUGGAUUCCAUUUCUGUCGCAAAACUCAAAGUGAAGCACUGUCCCAUGCUUUAGAAUUUGAAGCGGGGAAACAAGUUUCCAAGGGUCAUGCACGAGCGCGACAAGUCAAAAUCUGCAAUGGCACAAUUACAAAGGAAGGUAUUGCGUCGCUCAUCAAUGAAUAUAUGAGAGGAAAGCCACUGCUACAGACGCGAGAGCUGAGAAUUUUGCUCGAGACUGCAGGAACUACGUCGGUCGUUCUAAAUGCUGGAAUUGUGGAAGAAUGGCUAAGAUCAGCCAACAUUGUGGGGCACAGUUUGGCUCACACUCCCCAAACCCCCGAAGAAGGGCAUCCAACACUAUCGGUCGGUCUGAUGCGGUAUCGGACUGACGAAUUCGACCUUUGGCUGAAGACCGAUCUGGACUACAGCUACCGGAGUUUGACAUCGAGCAUCACCCAGAUUUACGAUGGCUUGCAAAAUUCAAAGCUUCUAGGAGUGUUUUGCACCAUGAAAAAUGUAGUUCCCAUUCAUUCAACGUCAAAUCAUGUUGGCAUUAAAUUUGUAUCCGACGGGGCCAUAGAAGGACGUGGAUUCCAUUUGCAAUAUUCUACAGAUUGUAGAAAUACUGUUACUGGGUUCAAUGGGGCCAUAGAGAGUCCUAAUUUUCCUAAUAACUUUCCUCAUGAAAUGAAUUGCACAUGGAAAAUUGAAGUGUUACGAGGGAAUAAAAUAAACCUGACCAUUUCUCGUUUAAGUCUUUUAAAGGAAUUCCAAUUGGAUUCGAAGAAUUGUUCUAUAAAUUAUUUAGAGACUAGCUGUCGCAAAACUCCAAGUGAAGAACUGCCCCAUGCUUUAGAAUUUGAAGCGGGGAAACAAGUUUCUAAGAGUCAUGCACGGGCGCGACGAGUCAAAAUCUGCAAUGGCACAAUUACAAAGGAAGACGCGAGAGCUGAGAAUUUUGCUCGAGACUACAGGAACUACNACACCGCUAAAGGAUUUACUGCCAAUUAUAUAACGGCAUGUGGUGCGCGAAUAACUACAGAAGAUAGUGGUAUUAUUGGAAAACAUACCUCUUUGCAAUAUGGCGGCAACAAUUAUUGCAUUUGGACAAUAUCUGCUGCAAACCCAUCCCAGCAUAUUUAUUUUACAUUUACUCACAUAUUUCCCGACAAUUCCUUCUCUGACGAUAAUUCCACUGUCAUUGCGACGGUCCAUAACGGUGACAGCGACACUGAUCCAAUUUUACUAAAACUCACUCCGCUCAACGGCCAGCAAGAAGUUUAUACAACCACGAGCACUGGUGAUAGUUUACAUAUUAUAACUCGAAACGAUAUUGAAUUUGAAGCAUCUUAUUCUAUUCUUGAAACAAGCUGUGGAGGUAUGUUUAGUCAUAUGAACGGCUACUUCGCUUCUCCUUAUUUUCCGAAAAGUUAUCCAGUAAAUAUGGAAUGUGAAUGGAUUAUUCAAACAUCUCCAGGGUGGUCGGUGUCAUUGAGCUUUGACCAUUUUGAUAUCCUGGAUUCUGAAGAAUGCGAUGUAGAUUUUCUGGAGAUACGAGAAGCAAAUUCAACUGGAAAAGUAUUACAAAUACUAUGUGGUGACACAAUACCCGCAACUGUAUCAUCAAGGAUCAACUUAUGGGUACUGUUUAAAAGUUCUGAAUCAAACUUAACCGGAACUGGUUUCAAAGUGCAUUUUAGCCUAAGCCCUGCAAGUGAAUUAAGUGGUUCAUUUGGACAAAUUAUGUCUCCCUUUUAUCCAUUGUAUACUGCACACGAUAUCAGUACUCAUUGGAAAAUAACAGUUCCUUUUGGACACUGCAUUUCACUAGACCUUAAAAAUAUUUACAAUAGGCUGUGUGUUGAGUUUAAACUACUGGCAAAGGUACUUUGGGUAUUUGAUGGGCACGACAACAAUGCCAGACUUCUAUAUAGUGGUUGCAGUGUAUCAGAUAAACCAAUAAGAUCUACAUCAAACGUAUUGUAUAUCAAAUGGGAAUCCAUUUAUGAUUCCAGAUUUUCAUUGGCAUGGAAUGAUAUGGGGAAAUGCACUAAUACAAUGAACACCAAUAUCGCUCGAAAAUCUUCUAAAUGUGGUGAAGAAAUAGCAAUUGACAUGUCAUUAGUUUCUAAUUAUAAAUUAACAUCACCUGGUUAUCCUCAUGGUUAUGGUUCCAACUUGGAAUGCACAUGGACAUUUUAUACUAUGGUACCAGAAAACCAUUUAGCUAUUAAUUUUAAUGAUAUCAAUCUUGAUGAUAAUAUUGAUAAGUGCUUCUUUGACAAAAUUGAAAUUUACACUGAAAAUGAAUUAAAUGGAUGGAAAAUUCAAGAUACAAUCUGUUUGCCUAAUGCAACAAAUACGGUUUUCAAUUAUGGAAGUUCUGUUAGAUUUAUUUUCAAGAGUAAUCGGUACGGAAACGGUUCUGGAUUUUCUGCGAAUGUUUUACAAGAGUGUGGUGGAAGUAUUACUGAAAGUAAUGGCUUGAUUAAUAUAAAUGAAACGUAUUUGAAAAUGUAUCAAUCAAACUCUACAAGUAGACUAAUAUGUCAAUGGAAUAUCACUGUUAAAACGGGGGAAUAUCACUGGGUGAAACUCAAACGAAUUGAUAAGGGAAGCAGGAUGAUCAAUCAGAUAUGGAGCAUCAAUAAAAAUUCCGAAAGGAACAUGAUUGAGAGAUACUGUAGUGAUCUUAAUUAUGAGACCCAGUUAACUGUAAAUUCCGAUAAAGUUGAAAUACACUUUGCAACUGAUAGCUCAUUUAUUGGAGAUGGAUUUCGAUUGGAAUGGCAACAAUUUGGAUGUGGCGGUAUUUUGAAACGUCCUUCAGGAAGUUUUACGUCUCCUAACUAUCCGCAAUCCUAUCCUCCUGGCGUUACGUGUAAAUGGAUUAUUGAAGUAAAUUAUGGAAAUAGUGUGGAAUUACUUUUCAAAGAAAUUGACACAGAAGACAGAUUUAAAUUUGGAAAUGAUUAUAUAGAAGUCAUUAAUGGGCCCGAAAGUGAUUAUCCUGUUCUAACUACUUUGAGUGGUCGUCAUUCUAAGCCCGUUGUAGUAACAAGUACCGGAAAUUUUAUGACCGUCUUAUUUAUUAGUGGCGAUUUAAGUAUGAAUGGGAAUGGAUUCAUAGCUAGUUAUUCUUCUAUUCCUUCAAAGUGUGGAGGAAAAUUUACAGCUUUCAAUGGUUCGUUUCAUUCACCUAAUUAUCCAUACAAUUAUCAACUCCAAGAAAGCUGCGAAUAUUACAUUGAAAUAGAAGACAGUCAUACAAUAGAACUGCUUUUUGUUGACUUUGACAUUGCAAGUGAUUCUUCCUGCAAUCAAAGUUAUAUCAAAAUAUAUGACGGUCCUACACAAGCAUAUCCCACGUUGAAAAAGUUGUGNCCUAAUCUUGUCCAAAGUGACGUAUACUGUGAAUGGACAAUCACGGUAUCCAAUGGAAGACGAAUUACAUUAGAAUUCCUAGACUUAGAGUUAAGUUCGAAUUUACAACAUGAACAAGGCAUUGCUUACUCUUUUGGACAAGAUCCACGAAGUGAUGUCGCAUUUUUGAAAAAAUAUGAAUCCGGCCAAAUAAUUAAAUCAUCAGAAAAUGUUUUAAUUCUGUAUUUUUGGAACUAUAUACCAUCAAAUGUUCGUGGAUUUAAAGUUCAAUUUUUAUCAAAUGAACCCACAGCAUGUGCUUCAGAUUUUUCUAAGCUAUCUGGAGUGCUUACUCCACCAGGAGAGAAUAUGACGCAUUACACUUGCUCUUGGGUUCAUGUAAUAAAUAGUGAUAAUGGACAAACAUUAAGCCUCUCUAUACAAUUGAAUAGUAAUAUUAAUAAAGGAAAUCACUUUUGUGCUACUUACGAUUCUGUUUUGGAUGUAAUAAUUGGAGAUUCAACCCCCUUGGCCAAGUUUUGUGCUGGCUACCAAAGUUCUGUCAUACUAUCACCAUAUAUUGUUACAAAGAUCAAUGUUUACAAAAGUGAAUCACACAACUUCAACUUUACCGUUGAUUACGAAACCUAUCCUUGUGGGGGGAUAAUAUCUGAUCCUAUAGGUUCUAUUUCCAGUCCAAAUCUGCUAGAUCCCUUAAAUGGAAAAAUUGAUUGUGCAUGGAUAUUUAAAUUACCCUCUGACGAAGCUAUAAUGGUUAACUUCACUACCUUCCAUUUUAACUCAAACUGUGACGACUCGCAUUUAACUAUGUAUAGCGGUAGUUCACCAAUGAGUCCACGAAUAGGAAAAUUCUGUAGAGAUCAGUUGCCAAAAGAUUUCCACAUUCAAAACAACGAGUUGCUAAUACAAUAUCAUCAGAACGACAAAAGUAAAAUAUUAAACAAUUUUACUUUAUCAUAUGAAACAGUAAGUGAAGGAUGCGGUGGCUUAUUAUAUCAUCCUGAUAGAUUAUUAGAAACUCCUGGCUAUCCUAAAGAAUAUCCUAGUAAUUCUGAAUGUUUCUGGGAAUUAAACGCUGAUGACGGAUAUCAUAUUCGUCUAGAAUUUAUUUACAGGUUUCAUUUAGAAAGUAGUCAUAACUGUACUAACGAUUACUUAGAGAUCUGGGACUAUAAGGAUGAUAACUGGAAAUCCCUUGGGCGAUACUGUGGAAGAAACAUUUCCCGCUAUAUUAACUCUACGUCUACUAAAAUGAAAUUACUUUUUAGAAGUAACGAAAAAAUUAAUGCUGCUGGUUUUAAAGUAAAAUGGUCUUUCCAAUGUGGGGGCAUUCUUGAAGCAGAUAAAAAAAUAAGAUAUGUUUUGAGCCCAGGGUAUCCAAAAAAUUAUCCAGAAAAUUUACAUUGUGUAUAUGAAAUUCAUGCGCCUGGAAAAGUAAUUAACAUCGUAUUCAGUGAUUUCAAUUUAGAGAAAUCGCUUGACUGUAAAUUUGAUUACAUUUCCAUAACUGCCCGACUUAGAAGGGGGAAAUCUGACUUGCGAGCUCCAAAAUUGUAUUGUGGGUCAAACAAACCAGCUCCAUUACGUUUCCAAGACUUUAUCGCAAUAACAUUUAAUAGUGAUUCUAGUUCGGUUGACAAAGGCUUUAAAUUCUCUUUCAGUACAGAUGAUUGCGGUGGUAGAAUAACAGCACCUACAAUAAUAUCUUCUCCAAGAAGGGAGGGAUACGUUCAAAAAAGCUUCUUCGAUUAUUUCACUACCUAUUCUUCGUGCCUUUGGAAUAUCACCGCUCCUUCAAAUAAGCAUGUUAUUGUAGAGUUUAAACUGUUUGAAAUAAUGCACAGUCAUGGAUGUAAUUUUGAACAUUUAGACGUGUAUGACGGAUCUCAAUUAGACGCAAAUUUAAAAUUAUCACGUUUGUGCGGAAAUCUUACAGAUAGUCCUCCUGUAUUUAAAUCAACUGGAAAUUCACUCCUACUUAACUUAAGAACAAGCUUUUCUAUCAAUAAUGCUGGUUUUCAGGCCUAUGUUUAUUUCCAAUAUGGUGCGGAAGUGGGUUGUGGUGGCAAUUUGUUCAUCAAUGAAACUCGAGUAAUUUCUCCAUCAAACAUUGCCGCUAUAAUGGAUUGUCAGUGGCAAAUCAAAACAACGGAACCGUCUGUAAUAAAAAUUGAGUUUCUUGAGCUUAAUUUAGAAGGCUGUUUCUAUCAUGAUUCUAAUACUAACAAUACCAGUUGUAUUCCUACAUACAUAGAAAUUCAUGAUGGACCUAGUUUUGUAUCCGAAACAAUAGAUAUCUUAAAUAGCUCUUGGCACGUUUUGCCAACCUACCUGACUACAAGCAAUUAUCUAUGGAUUCGAUUUUUGGGGCUAAAUCUACCAAUUACUGGAUUUCGAAUACGUUUAAGACCUAUAAGCUCGCCAUGUGGCACAUCGGUACUUAAGGUAACAAAUGAAACAGGUACACUAAUGUCACCAAAGUAUCCUGAAAGUUACCCUAACAAUAUUAGAUGCAAAUGGUUGUUAAACACCAAUGAUUACUUUGAGAAGAUAAAAAUUGAAUUUAUUGACUUUGAUUUAACUUAUAAUCAAGAUAAAUCAUUUUGCAAAGAAGACAGAAUAGAAAUUUCUGAUAAACACAGUUUCAAUAAAGUUACAGAUGCCUUGGGCACAACAACUCUACUCCGUGGAAAACAUGCAUAUCCAGUGUUUGCUGCUAGUUGGAUACCAACAGAUACUCAUCAAUUCUGUGGAAGAAAUUCAAGUGGCUUUACUUAUUAUUCCGGAAGCAACGAAGUUAUUGUUUCCUUUUAUGGUAGCUCUAAGCCUCAUGGGAAGGGGUUUCGGUUGGAAUUUUCUAGGACAGGUUGUAGUCGUAAUUACACUAACUCUCAAGGUCGAAUAAAAUAUGAUCGUUACAAACCUGAAAACUGUUUCAUGCUUAUUUCUACUCCCGAGAAUACAACUAUUUCGCUGUAUUUUAUGAAAUUUGCAAUUUUUGACACGUCAACCUGUUCAGAUAAUUUUCUUUUGAUAUAUGAUGGAAAUUCUACUAGUAGUCAUGAAUUAGCGCGGCUAUGUCGAUAUACAGUUCCAAAUCCUAUAUUUUCAUCUGGAAACCAGUUACUUCUACAUUUAGUUGUAAAUCAACAAAUAGCUAUGUUCUUCGAUCUUCUUUAUGUUUCCUCUUCUGGAGCUAGAGGCUGUGGCGGGAAGAUAUUUGAUUAUACGGGUAAAUUUACUAGUCCGCUAUAUCCUCAAGCUUACGGCAAUAGCAUGACCUGCACAUGGAGUAUAACAGUUCCUUAUGGCUUACAAGUACACAUAAAGUUUCCUGUUUUUGACAUACAAGGCCCCUGUGAUCAGAAUUACGUCACUGUUUCAACUUAUGACACAUUUGGUGCAGUGUUAAAACACAAAUUUUGCAAGAACAGGUAA